CUUGUAUUACAAUUGAUCAACUAAUUUAUUUACAUAUUGUAUUACACGGUGAUUAUUUGUCAUACAUCUACUCCGAUAUUUCUAAGCCACUGAUGAUAUUUUUCUUAGUUUUUUUGGUUCAAAAAAAAUUUAACAAAAGUUAACCUUUAUUUCAAAGAAUAUGAGUGAAAGUCAACAAAGAGAGGUAUGUUACUUGAGGUGUGUCAUUAAAUCGGGAAAACUUGAGAUUGAAUGGUCUAUUAUCACACCAUUCACCUGAUACUGGAUUGGGCUCUUUGAAAACAAAAACACAGAAAAUAGGAAUUGGCUCAAUGGUCAUUAGUUUUAUGUUGGAAAUCAUAGUAAUCACACAACUCUACUCGAUGGAUGAUAUGCUUAUAAUGGUAGCCAUUAGAUCGGAACAGUUUCUGGGUAAAAUCAAAUACAUAUGAAUCAUAUGAAGUAUUUAAAUAAAACUCAUACACAAAUGUACUUAAUCCUGAUUUCACAAAUUUUAAUAAGACUCAUGUACACUAUCAUAUCAUUACAACAUUUAUUUAAAAGACAUAAGAUCGAUUGGGGAUUCAAUACAGAUGACAACUAGAACAGAUUGCAGAGAGGAGACUCUUCGAAGUUGAUCCUGAAUCAUAUCAAUGUCUCAUAAUUUACCAUGGUGGAGAAAAGGAUUAUUUCUUAUGGUCUGGAUGGAAGUUGAGCAACUGUCAACAUCAGCAUGUAACACACCACCAUGUAAAUUAAAAGCAACCAUACUUAUUGUAUUUGAAG